GAGGGACCAACAGAGUUCAGUGAAGCUGAAGAAGAAGUGAAAACUAUGGAAUAUGGAUCAAUGUACCCCUGGAAUGGUGCCCUGCUUGGCUUGUCACCUAUGAAACGAAUCCAAGAGCACAGGAAGCAAAUGCACAAAAAGUGAAUCAAAAGCAAAAACUAAAGUUUGCACUUUGAAGACAAAGGAAGCCUUUUUUGAGACUUUGAACUGAUCAAUCCAGCUUGUCAUCCUCUCAUAUAUAUGAAUUAUUAAGCUCCUCCCAGCACUCUUCCUUCCUUCCUUCCACUUUAUUCUCAGAUUCUUCUUCAUGCACGAAGACGUAGAUUUUGAAUUGAUUAGCUGUAACCUUGGGCAACUCCUUGUUUCUUCUUUCCUCUUGCUGCCCUAUAUUAUUGUACAGACUCUCUGUCCUGUUUUUCUCAUCACCAACAACAAAGCCAUUUCUUCUUGUGUUCUGUCGAACAAGGCUAUUUUGAAAGAUGGCAGAUAAGAACGCUAUUCGUUACUUGGUUUGCCUUGUGAUUAUAAUCAUGGAUGUUACCGCUGGUAUUCUCGGCAUUCAAGCUGAGAUUGCCGAGAAUAAGGCGAGUAAUCUUCGGGUGUGGGUAUUUGAAUGCAGAGAUCCUAGCUACCAAGCUUUUAAACUGGGGUUGAUUGCAGCAUUACUUCUUUCCCUGGCUCACAUGGUUUCCAUUAUGCUCAGCGGUUGCGUUUGCAUCUGGUCCAAGCAGGAGCUGGAUCAGUCCACGAACAACAAGCAGCUAGCUGCGGCUUCUCACGUUCUGUCAUGGAUCAUCAUGGCUGUAGCUUUCUUCAUGCUCAUCAGCGGGGCGCUGUCAAAUACUAGGUCGAGGCAAAAUUGUGGGAUCUCACAUAACCGUCUGCUGUCAAUUGGUGGUGUUCUCUGUUUCCUUCAUGGACUCUUUGCUGUUGCUUAUUACAUAACUGCAACUGCAACCAUUCAGGAAGAGAACAAGCUCAAACCUGCAACUCCAGCAGCUCCCACAUCUGCCGUCUAAAACUAACCUCCGCAUCCAAGUCAUGUUCCUUUUUUCCACUAUUUUUGUAAGGGAGUUUGACAAAGCCUAAUCUAUUUGAUCAAUUGUCAUUCUUUUUCAAUCACGAUUAUUUGAUGAAAAAAAUGUAUGCAUAUUAUCAAUAAAUGUGAUCUAAAGUUUCCCUACUUUGACAUUUACUGCUGGUGGAGUAUUAACACAACUAAAUAGUGAACCAUCUUCGUAUAUCAAUUUCAAAAAAAAUAAAAUAAAAUAAUUGGAGCAAAUUCAGGAACAUAGCAGACUGUAGAAACAUCAACACAAAAUCGCAGACAUAAUGAAAGGUGUACUAUGAUGCACGAAAAUGCUCACAUCGGCUAUGUGACCAAGAGUCCACAACAGUUAAAUAAGCUAAUAUAUGCUUCUGCAUCACAGGCUAAUCUGGGAGAAUUAUAUUAGAAAAAAGAGAAUCCACUUAACUACCAGCUCAUCAACUAGAACGGUGUCAAUAACUCACUACACACAAACAAGUCUCAAUGACUGUCAUUAUUCUUUCAAAGAUGGAUACAACGUAAUUAGAAUGGCUGUCAGCCACACAAGGAAAGCUUAGGGACCGAUUGAAAUUAACACGGUCACUUUUUGUAACUAUUGUAAUAGAUCAAAAGACAACCAGCUCCAGCAUUAUUUUCAUUUUCAUCCCUAUGGAGACAGAGUAACCAAUCAACUACAAACAGCAAGAAGUCAGUUUGAUAUUACAUGGUUCUGAUGCGAAAAAUGGUGCGAGCAUACACAACUGAUAUAAAACACUUCUGAGACGAAAAUAGAAAGAUCAUACACAACUGAACACUUCAUGAAGUAUACCUGUUCUAUGCGUACUCAUUGAAAGGACAUGAAAGCAUUAUAAUCACACAAAAUUAUGCCUACUCAAAAUUCAAACUAAAGUACCAAGCAAGUCUAUCAAAUUCCUGGCUACCUACGAUUGGUGCGGAAGUCCAUCCAUUGGACUUCGACACCAGCCGCGGAAAGGUCCGGUUCAACUGCUGGGACACGGCCGGACAAGAGAAAUUCGGUGGACUUAGGCAAAGCAGUAGCAUACGUAAUGAAAUCACCACAGAAAAAUAAUAUACAUUCAAUGCCAUUUACCAAAUUUAGCUAAAAGCAGGAAAGAAUGUGACGAAAGCACAACAAAACCAUGAUUGUAAUGAAAGCACGACAAAACCAAGAUACCAGCAAGGUACACAACUAGAUUCAUCAAUACAGCUCAGCGACAUAAAUCUAACAGCAAUCCACCCAAAUCAGAAAUUAAACACAUCAAGUUCCAGCAAACAAUAAUAGCACACUCCCUGUCCACCACCACUCUCCAACAUGAAUGAGAACAUACCCAAGCAAUGUAAGUAAAACCAUUCGAUUUCAAUUCAACAUUCCAUCCAAGUUUAAAAACAUGACCAAAGAACUAGAAACUGACGUACAUAAAAAUUAAAGUGCAAAAUCUAAUUCAACCUAAUUAUCAAACUAAGGCGCUGCAUUUGCGCUAUUUGGAUACCACUGAUCUUUUAACCACCCUUCCAAAAAUACCUCAACUCCUGCGUGACUUUAAACCCUUGUGAACCUUCUCCAUAUGUUGAAGCAUCAAACCAUACUUCUUGAUGAGAAGAUCCGCCUCCAAUAACCUAAAAGCCUUCCACUUAUUCUCCAUUUCAAUUCUGUCGUUUUCCUCCAUUAAGUCUGUACCUUCAUACAAAUGCCAUUCAGCAUUGAGCCUACCAAUAUCAGGAGCAAAACUAAAACUUCUCUCUCUAUUCACAUUCGCCAAGCUCUUCCCCAUCUUCAAUUCACUUCGACUCUUCUUCACCUCACUCCCAUUAGCUUCAACACUUUUCUUAGGUACUUUAGGGAUGCUAUCAGAAGUCUCCCCGUUCCCAGCAAUACCUUCCCUACCCCAUAUCUUCUUGCACACGUCAUACAUAUUUCGCUCAUGGUUGGAAACAGUCCUUUCCUUACCACUCUUCAGCAACUUCUCGGCAUUGUUUUCAUACCUCUUCUUCAGCCUCUUCAUUUUAUCGAGAACUUGAGCCUUUGACUUGUCACCGAUUUUUUUAGUAAUGAAAUCAUGGAACUCAUUAAAAUUAGCAAAUGGAUCGGACUUAGUCUUACCAAUGAAAUCAUAAAUUCCAUUCAGCAGCACGAUUUCAUCCUCCUCGCUAAACACCCUCGCAAACAGCUUCUUCUCUUCAUCAGCGCUAGGGGUCCCAGCAAGUUUCUUGUCCGAAUCGUCGGCUGUUUUCUUCUUGGCCCUCUUCGAAUCAGCAUUCCCAGCCGGAGUCGCUGCUUCAGCUGCCGCCCGCUUAGCUCCAACACUUGUGCUGACGUUCCGGGUUGGCGAUGUAGGACCAGGAGCAUUGGGCUUGGGCAAAGCUUUCUUACCCGCCGGUUUCUCUUGCUGGGUCACCGGUUUAGCUACAGGCUUUAUAGAAAAAUCAUUUUUUCUAGGAGGAGAGCCUUCGUCGGAUUCCGAGCCCGAUCCGGAACCGGACUCCUCCUCCUCCUCCUCCUCCUCCUCAUCCUCAUCCGAGGCAUCCGAAGCAGAACCACCACUAGCAGAAGUUGUCUUCGAGGUUUCAGGCAUCUUAGCCGCUGAUGGAGCCGGCGUGUUUUUGCCGGUGUCGGUAUCUUCCGGUUCAGAUUCUGAUUCAUCUUCUUCCGAUUCUUCCUCAGACUCAGCCGGAGGUGGAUUUUUUGCAAUUUCACGGGGUUUCGCCAUUACUAGAGAAAGGGUAAAACAGAAAGAUUAGGGCACAACUACUUCAAUCGAGGGUUUCAAUAACAGAAAAGUAGCGGCGGGUUAUGGACUCGAUGGAAGUCGUGGGCAAUUGUAGCCUUUUAAAGUGCGCGGCCGGUGGCUAGAAACGGGAUUUUGACGGAAUAACAAAGGGGAAAAUUUUGUAAGCGAGCAGAACAAUAAUGGAC